AGUCUGUCCAGUGCAGCAGCCAGGCGCAUUCUCUCUCUCUCUUUUCCUCCCCCCCCCCCCUUCGCGUUCCCCUUCCUUUUUGCCUCAUAAGUUUCCUGCACCUUGAAUCCAAUUGUGCCAAGCUUAGGCUUUCGCAGAACCAGCCCUGAGCGCGACCUGGGCAGGGGGACACCAACUCUGCGGAGGCUGGAUUAGGCGGCCAGACCAGUUCGCGCCCGAGCAUGGAGACCAAGCGCCAGGGAGGGCACGUCCGGGGCGCAGGAGACGCCAGGCCCCAGUAGCAAAUCCAUGGAGCCCAUCCAGAGCGGUCCCUGCUCGCAGGAUUUGCCCCCAGUCCUGUGCGGCUGCUGAGAGCGUACCUUGCUCUGUAAAGUGGAUGUCAGGUGGAUGUAUGGUUUUGAAGGAACAAAGACUCAGCGAAGGCACCGCCGAGGAAGUUUGAGACGCGGGAGAAUGCAGGCUGCGUGCUGGUACGUGCUUCUCCUCCUGCAGCCCACCGUCUACUUGGUCACAUGCACUAAUUUAACAAAUGGUGGAAAGUCAGAACUUCUCAAAUCAGGAAGCAGCAAAUCCACACUAAAGCACAUAUGGACAGAAAGCAGCAAAGACUUGUCUAUCAGCCGGCUCCUGUCACAGACUUUUCGUGGCAAAGAAAAUGACACAGAUUUGGACCUGCGAUACGACACCCCAGAACCUUAUUCUGAGCAAGACCUCUGGGACUGGCUGAGGAACUCCACAGACCUUCAAGAGCCUCGGCCCAGGGCCAAGCGAAGGCCCAUUGUUAAGACGGGCAAAUUUAAGAAAAUGUUUGGAUGGGGUGAUUUUCAUUCCAACAUCAAAACAGUGAAGCUAAACCUGUUGAUAACUGGGAAGAUUGUGGAUCAUGGCAAUGGAACAUUCAGUGUCUAUUUCAGACAUAAUUCCACAGGUCAAGGGAACGUAUCGGUCAGCUUGGUGCCCCCGACGAAAAUAGUGGAAUUUGAUUUGGCACAACAAACCGUGAUUGAUGCCAAAGAUUCCAAGUCCUUUAACUGUCGCAUUGAAUAUGAAAAGGUUGACAAGGCUACCAAGAACACACUCUGCAACUAUGACCCUUCAAAAACCUGUUACCAGGAGCAGACCCAAAGUCACGUGUCCUGGCUCUGCUCCAAGCCCUUUAAGGUGAUCUGUAUUUACAUUUCCUUUUAUAGUACCGAUUAUAAACUAGUACAGAAAGUGUGCCCUGACUACAACUACCACAGUGACACACCUUACUUUCCCUCGGGAUGA